AUGUUCUUUCCAACGCAUCUCUUUAUCGAAGAUCACUCCAAGAAGCUUGGCAUUGUCGCCCGGUUUGAUAACCUGGCCGUUUAUAACAAUUUGCCCUUUUCCGUGUGUCGUUUUCCGCCGGGUAAGUUAGACGAUCCAAGCAGCGAUCCCAAUGUCGAUUAUGAGAAUUUCUGUCUGAUUCUUACGCGCCUUGAUAAUCGCCAGAGUCAACGCUUUUCUCUCAAGACCAACCAGCGUACCACGACUCCAGCCCCUUCAGGUGGACCGACCGGCAAGCCAGCGACUACAGGUGCGUCUCCAGCGGCCGUGACACUGAUCCAACCCUCUGCGAAAUCGGCUAGCCCUGGCUACCUUGCUCUGAGCACAGAAAAGAAGAAGCUCUCAGACGAAGGUCGCUGCUUCUACUGCAAGUUCGGACAUGGACAUUGGGCCGCUCUCCCUGUGAAAGGGUGA